CCCUGACACUCUGUUUGGUCUUAUGGACUAAUGGACCCCUUUCUAUCACCGUAGUUCUUUUCUCUCUCCCUCUCGCUCUCUCUCUCUGACGCUCCCUCUCUCUCUCUCUCUCUCUUUCUCUCUCAGUAUUGUGUUGAGAUCGAGUGACUCCUCGCCGUUCGGCAUGGCCUCGAUGAUCGAAUCUGCUUGGUCGUAUCUUAUUACCCAUUUUAGUGACUUCCAGUUGGCUUCCCUUGGAAGUUUCUUUCUUCAUGAAAGUGUCUUUUUCUUGUCUGGGAUUCCCUUCAUAUAUUUUGAAAGGUCAGGAAGGCUGAGCAAGUACAAAAUUCAGACAAAAAAUAAUACCACUGCAGCUCAGGAGAAAUGCAUCACCCGCCUGUUACUGUACCAUUUUUGCGUUAAUCUCCCUGUAAUGGUUUUAUCCUAUCCUGUCUUUAGAUGCAUGGGAAUGCGAAGUAGUCUUCCCUUGCCAUCCUGGAAAGUUAUUUCAACUCAAAUAAUAUUCUACUUCAUCCUGGAGGACUUUGUAUUCUAUUGGGGGCAUAGGAUUUUACAUACAAAAUGGCUCUACAAGCAUGUUCACAGUGUCCAUCAUGAGUAUGCAACGCCAUUUGGAUUGACUUCUGAAUAUGCUCACCCCGCUGAGAUUCUCUUCCUUGGAUUUGCUACAAUAAUUGGUCCUGCAGUCACUGGUCCCCAUCUGAUUACACUAUGGCUAUGGAUGGUACUUAGAGUCCUUGAGACAGUUGAAGCACAUUGUGGUUAUCAUUUCCCAUGGAGUCUCUCAAACUUCAUACCUGUAUAUGGGGGGGCUGAUUUUCAUGACUACCAUCACCGGCUGCUAUAUACCAAGUCUGGCAACUACUCUUCAACAUUUAUUUACAUGGACUGGAUAUUUGGUACUGACAAAGGUUACAGAAAACUGAAGGCACUAAAGGGCAGUAGUGGAAAUGAAGCUGACAAAAAAGAGAUAGAGAAGUGAUAAAAGUUAUGGUGGCAUGAGGAGAUAGGGUGGUUCUUUACCUGAGAGCUGAGCGAUCUCGGGGGAUCAUAAUUGUACCCCGGCCAGUUUCACGUGUGCAAACUAGUUGUGUCCAGUUAUGGUUUUGACUGUAUUAUGUGCUAUUGGGAAUGAAUUAGAAUAUUUUUCUUCAUUUUUAAGGUGAGUUUUCCACAAAA